AUGGAAACUUCAUCAUUAUCAAUGAUAAGAGAAAAUGAAAAAUUCUUGUCGACAAUAAUUGCAUCUCCUCUGUUCAAUGACAAGGUGAUGACCCCGGACGAAGAACAAGAAAAAAACGGCAAAGAACAAGAAGAAAACAUGCUUUCAUCAACUCAUAAGCAUAGUUCUGCUCGAUCGAACCUCGAUUACGAGAAAAUGCAAUCUCUUCAAGUAACAAUUUCUACAAUAGUUGAGAAUCUUGUAACACAAAUUGAUUCCAAUACAAAUAUUCCAUCGAACUCAUCGGAAGAACGCGAAUCAAUUCAUGUAGAAAAACAAGACGAUUUUAAAAUGACAAAACGUGCAUUACGUUCACGUGUACAAGGAAAAUUAAAUCUAUCGGUACCUUAUCAACUAUCGAAUGAUAACCGACGUGUGUCAAAUCGACGGCGAGCUUUAGAAAAAAAUUCAUCUUUCGAUACUUAUGAAAAACUUCCACGAAAAAAAACUACAUCCGAACGUUCGAAUGAUCCAACAACAGAACUUAAUCAUGAUCGUACUCUAAUCAGCGAUGAUAUACAUAUAAAUGUUGAUGAAGGAACUCAUGCAAAUAAAGUAACGAUAAAUAUGAAGCAAAUUCAAAUUCAUAGUCAUUCAGAUAUUGAUUCUUUACCACCAAAUAAACGUCGAUUACGUGAACGACAUGCUGCUAUUUUAAAUUCUGUUGAUACAUCUACAACGAAUAGUUCUUCUUCAACCGAAGAGAAUAUGCCUAUAGAACCACCGACACGAGCAAUACCAAUAAAUUGUAUAAAAAAAUUCAUUGAAAUUCGUCAACAAAUUGAAAAACGGCAUGACGCAAUGUUACAUGAUUUUGUUCAACCAAAAAUUCCAAAAGAUUUUGCUGAAACGCUAAUGGCAAAAAAGAAUUAUUUAAUCACGCCAUCAUAUAAAUCAUUUUCGACAACAACGCCAGCAUCACUUGGUAUUAAACGUCUUAAUCCGCCAUUGGAUCUCGAUUCAGAUUUGUCCGAUGUAUUCGCUCGUCAAGAAGACGAAAGAUAUAGAAUGAAAUUGAGACAUCAAGUUGAACGAGAAAAAUUAAUUUUAUCACAUGAACAAGAAAUUUUACGUCUCUAUGGAAAUGCUACACGAUUAUCAAUACAUCAAGAUAUACCAUUAAGUUAUUGUUCAUUACUUAAAGACAAUGAAGUUUAUAAUAAUCCUCUGAUACAAGAACGUGCAUCAUCAUUUAUUAAUAAUGAUUUUACAAGUACAGAAUUAGGUAAACGUGGCAAAAAUCGUUGGAAUGGACGUUCAUUUAUUAAGUGGCUUGAAGAUUCAAAUCUUAAAUAUAAACGUCUUAGUUGUGAAACUAAUCAACGACAAAAUCUUGAAGCUAAUACACUUUAUUCUAUGCAACGUAUGGUUUGGUUAAAACGUUUGCCCAAAGAAACUUCAUCAUCCGGACGAAUAAGUUCUCUUUUAUCUGAACAAUAUCUACCUAAAGUAGAAAUAAAUAAUAACUUUUGGACAGAAUGGGAAACAAAUUCAAUUUAG